CCAUACCAAUUUCAACACACUUGAGAAUUGACAUUUGACACCCUACUAUAUAUUCCAAUCAUAUAAAACACACAAUGGUGCUUCUCUCUCUGGUCCCUUUACUCUUCUCUCUUUAGUAGAUCUCACUCAUUUAAUACAUUUCACUUACAAAAAUAUACACCAUACUAUAAUACUAUUAAUUAACACCUACUGUGCUUAAUUAAUUUCAGUAUCCACCAAAACGAUGUCGGAUCACCCCGACGGCACUUCCGAAAUCUCAGCGAGCAACUCAUCCAGGAGUCUCGCUGAGUUACCGGAACUCACCGCCAUACGAUUCGGACUCGAUCUUGUAUCGGCGGCUAGGCGAAACAUCGUGUUCCUGAGGACUGUUUCGGAUUCUCUGUGGCUCCACCACACGCCCAUUGUGGUGGAAGCCAUACGCAGGUACCAUGAUGUGUGGAUGCCGUUGAUUUCCGAUCUGACGGCCCCGGACUUCCCUCUUCCUAUGAUUCUCCCUCCCUUCGAUGUCGAGUGGGUUUGGUUCUGCCACACUCUCAACCCUGUUAGUUACAGGGAAUACUGCGUGAGAAGAUUCUCGAAGGUGAUUGGAAGAGCGGUUAUCUUGGACGAGGAGAACAGAGAGUACGCGGUGAUGCGGUGCAGGGAGAUAUGGAGCGCCGAGUUCCCCUCCGAGUCGUUUGAGAACGAAGCGAGUUCUGACUCGGAGGAGGAGGACUCAAUUGGCACCAUUGUUGAUGAAGAGGGUGGUGAUCUUCUGAAGGAAGUUAUAGAGAAGAGGAAGUGGUUGUGCUCUGUGUUUGAGGAGCCGUACAGGUUUGAGGUGGUGUACUUGAUAGCGGCGAGGCAGAGGUACAAGGCGUUCUUGUAUUUGGCGCACAAGAGGUUAGUGGCGCUUCAAUCUGGUUCCUGUUUGGUGCCAGCUUCGGAUAUCUUGUUGAUGUGGCUGACCCACCAGAGUUAUCCAACAGUGUAUGUGGAAGACAUGAAAGCAUUAGGCUUAGAUGUUGAUCUGGAAAAGGUGGCAAUGGUUUCUCAAACCGUGAAGGAGAAGGAAUUUGAAGAAAUAAGGAAGUUGUGGGACGCAGAAUUCAAUCAACCUUAUGAGAAAGCUGGUGGAGAGAUCACUUCGCUGUCAUUGGAAGGGGCUACCUAUGCAAUUUCCCCCGUCUACUGGGUUGAAUCAGACACAGAUGUCAAUACAAAAUACAGGUCCAUGCUUCCAAGGUUCUUACUUGAGGCCUGUGUAUUUGUGAAGCUUAACUCAAGGAUAAAGGCAUUGCAAAAGGAUAUAAACCGUGAUUUCAUAAGACUUCGUACUAUAAGGUGUCAUAGUGAGUUAAAGCUAGAUAAAUCCAUCUCCAGUUUCCCCUAUGAUUCAUGGAAAAAAGCUUGGCAUCUUUACUGUGAAUUUGGGACUAAGGGGGUUAUUAUUGAGUAUCGUCAACAAGGUGGUAGCUGUCUUAAAGGAAGUACUCUGCAAGACACUGUUUCAUUUAGCUGGAAUGAUUUAUUGAGAGCUGAUUCUCUAACUUCGGAAAAGAAAAUUAGUCAGCGUGUGAAUAUUGCAUCAAUAACCCCGCCAGUUCAAGCACCGUACUUGUUGAAAUGUGUUCCUGAUCGAGUAACAGAUGAUUCCGGAGCAAUGAUAUCUGAUGUGAUUCUGAAGAUGAAUAGCUAUCACCCGCAAGAAGGACGAUGGCUGUCUCGUACAGUUCUUGAUCAUGCAGGAAGAGUGUGUUUUGUUAUUAGAAUUAGGGUAGGAGGAGGAUUUUGGAGAAGAGGAGGUGAAACUCCUUUGGCUGUGAAAUGGGAAGAAAGGAUUAUAGAGAUACGUGAAGGAUCUUGGUCUUAUGUUGCUGGUUCCAUUGGUAGAGCCCCUGAGAAGGUGGUAGCUACUGCCACACCAAAGGAAUCGGAAGAGCAAUGGAGUGCAUCAUGGUGCUUUUCAACAGGAGAUGAGCUGGUUGUACAAUGGGACUCAUCACUAUCGGUGUCGGGUCUUUGCUUUAGUUUGAGAAACCAGACAUCAACAGAUUCAUCGGUGAAGUUGUUGAAAGGAAGGCAAAGGCAAUACCAAGUGAAGAGUAAAAGGAAGGCAGAUAACAAAAGUGAAGAAACAAAAAACAACUUAAAGGAAGAUUUUGAUGAGGAGGAGGGUUUUAUUACACUUGUUCGUCUCACAGGAGAUGACCCCGAUGGAAGAGCAACGGCGCUUCUAAAUUGGAAGCUAUUGGUUGUUGAAGUGUUGCCUGAAGAAGAUGCUGUUCUGAUGCUCCUCCUCUGCAUCUCAAUACUCAAAAGUGUAUCAGAAAUGAUGAAACAAGAUGUGGGAGGGUUGUUGGUUAGGAGAAGAUUGAAGGAGACAAGGGUUGGAACUAGGGAUUGGGGUUCUGUGAUGCUUCAUCCAUCAUCAUCGUCAUCAUCUGAUUCAAGAUACCUUCAACCUUGGUAUUGGAAUGCCUGGUCUGUGAUGAUAGCACCUGAUGCUGCAGAUCAGGUAAAAAGGAUUCCAGCAUCAACUCAAUCACUAGUGGAAGGCAGUGACAAGUUAUACAAGCAUGGGAUCAUUAGUUAAAAGAAAUGUUUCUUGAAUAUAGUUAUUAUUAUAUUUUGAGUUGACAAUUUGACAUACUAUCUAUCUACUUGGAGGGUGUGAGGGCCAGCAAAAAUGAAACUCGCACCUCGUAUAAUAGUGGAUAGAUAAUAUUUCAGCGCCUGAUAUAAUGAUAGUUAUAUUCAGGUAACAUUAUCGAAUUAGUUAAGCCUUUUGUAUUAUAUUUGAUGUGGAUGCAAGUUUUUCAAUUUGGCUUGCUUGAAAUGUUCACUUUUUCUUCUUAGGAUUGUAAUUCUGAGUCGAUACAGUUUGAUUGAAACAAAAAAUUAAUUAUUGAAAAAAGAGAGACUGAUU